AUGGAAGCCGCCCUCCGUCUAGCUGUAUCUGUGGUACGCACUAUGAAGCAGCAACAGCUCAUAGCGCAAAGAAAAUGGCACGAAGGUCAACAGAGUAGUAGUAGUACUAGUAAAUUGGUGGUAACAAACCUGGACGGUUGGGUGGGGCACCCACUGGACCCCAUUGGGUGCCUCUUCGAUACACUUUCCGACGCUUCUAUUAUACCUGAUAAUGACAGACCAAGGACACCCAGUUACCUAGACAAUAACAUCCGACCACGUUACCAUCACGUACCUGUAGUGGGCUCCAGGGACAGGUCUGAAACAUAUCUCACUCUUGCUUUUGAAGUCGCCCUUAUUGGACUUGGACAGCAGAGGAUAAUGCCUGUAGGGCUAUAUGCACAGGAAAAGGCAUGCAAGCAAGAAGAUCGUCUUAUAGCCAAAUUACAAGAAAUAGAACUAGACAAUGGCCUGGUGGCGGUGUUACGAAGGCAAGCAAUCAUUCUCUUAGAAGGUGGCCCCACUAGUGGAUUAGGCAUUGCAAUACAUCCUGAAAGCAUACCGAUGCACACUUUUGCGAGGUUCCUUUUCCUGUCACUGCUGAACUACUACCCGGAUCUUGCAUACGAAGUAGGGUUAAGAGCAAUGAGGUUACCAUUAUUAGAAGAACACGAAGAUUCUGAUGACCCUUUGGGAGGAAACGCAAGCAGUUCUUUGAUGAUGAGCAGGUCGCCAAGAUGGUUCACUCUAGGACACAUCGAAACUCAGCAAUGCGCCCUAAGUUCGACCAUGCUUAGUGCUGCUAAAGGUGAAGUGAUGAGGCUUAGAACAGUAUUGGAAUCGUCUCAGAGGCACAUACAUAGUUCUUCCCAUUUAUUUAAACUUGCCCAGGAUGCAUUUCGUUUUGCAACACCUGAAAAUGGACCCAGACACCCCACCCUCUUGAGUGUUGCAUUUGAAUUGGGAUUACAGGUAAUGCGGAUGACCUUGAGUUCGUUAAAUUGGCGCAGGCGCGAGAUGGUGCGAUGGCUGGUGACAUGCGCGACGGAGGUUGGAGUUGACGCGUUGAUCUCCAUCAUGCAGAAUUGGUAUCAGUUUUUCACGGCUACGGAAGCCACGGGACCUGUAGCCACCACCAUCAUGUCGCACAGUACCAUCAUGAGACUCAGUCUCGGCUUUACGCAACAAGAGGAGCUGAGCAGUUGCGCUAGGACGCUUGCCUUGCAGUGUGCCACUAAGGACCCUCCAAAUUGUGCCUUGAACGCGUUGACGUUAUGCGAAAACGAAGCUCUGGCCUUCGAAACUGCCUAUCAGAUCGUCGUGGACGCUGCCUCACACAUCAUGACCUCCUCCCAAUUGUUCACCAUCGCUAGGUACAUGGAACAUCGAGGAUAUCCUACCAGGGCGUACAAACUAGCCAUGCUCGCUAUGAAGAAUGUCCAUCUGGCGUACAAUCAGGACACUCAUCCUGCGAUCAACGACAUCCAUUGGGCGUGCGCCCUCAGCCACUCUCUCGGCAAGACCGAACUCUCCAAUAUGAUCCCCCUUCUGGUGAAGAACGUCCAAUGCGCGACCGUACUCUCGGACAUCCUGCGCCGGUGCAGCAUGACCGCCCCCGGAAUGUCGUGCCCACAUCCUCCUCCGCCGCCGCCACCGCCUCCGCCCUCAUUGGAUGGCAAGCACGUGCCGCCACCUCCGCCUCCCCCACCACCCGCGCCUUCGCAUAGGAGCAGGGGCUGCUCGGCUGCGGCGGGAAUCAAGCCGUUGAGUUAUGACAGGCCGCCGUUGAGGCAAUUGUUGGAAGCUGCCGUGGCCGCAUACAUAAACACAACCCACUCCCGGCUGACGCACAUCUCUCCGCGCCACUACGGCGACUUCAUCGACUUCCUGACAAAAGCUAGAGACACCUUCAUCUUGGCCCACGACGGUCACGCUCAGUUCGCGCAACUGAUCGAAAACAUGAAGGUGGCGUACAAGGGCAAAAAGAAGCUCAUGUUUCUGGUCAAAGAGCGUUUUGGGUGAUACGCGCCCAGAAAGUGGUACGCAUGUUGCUAGCGGUAGCUCUAGCGUACCACUUUGUGCUGUUAGUGGUAGUCAAUGUCAGGUUUGCUGUGUUUCAGCUAAAAGUUUAGUUGGUUUUUGUUGUUGGUAAGUUGACUGGUUAGAAAAAAAAAAACGUAAGGAAAAAGAGGUACAGUGAAAUUGGCUCAUUUUACAUUAUGAUCUCCUGGUUAGAACUCUCCAUCGGCACAAAGUUUGAUAAUUAAUUAACGGUUUUCGAAAUAUGGAGAUUCAAACAAAGACCAGGGAUAAAGGUAUUCCGAUAGGACACAAAGAAUUGAGCUUUAGUUUCGACGUAUUUCCAUAUUUGUAACACAUCGUCACACCACAAUCUGUGCUCUUACUCAGUGUGAAACCGUUCACCCGAUCUUACCUCUGCGACACAAAAAUCCUGCAUGUAUUCAAUAAAGCUAGGCACCAACUCUUCUUAGAAGCCGCUGCUUAUACAUAUUUCAACAGAAAUAAUAUGUACCAAUGCAUGCCCCUGUCGAAGCAAUGGUUUCCAUUUUUAGUUGUGCCAAACAUUAUGUCAUAUGUUUGAAAGGUUUAGACUACACGCCAUUUUUGCUGAAACGUAUACAGAGGCGUUGGAGGCAAACACGAGGACAUAUUUCUCAACUUUGACCUUCGAUAGCAUAAAGUUGUCCAUUAUCGAUUUAUUUUCAAUCAAAAGGAUAUAUUAUAAACGUGCCAGAUAUUCAGCCAGUUCCACUGUACUUCCUUUGCCGUAUAUUUUGUGCAGAACUCUUUGUUUUACAUUAGUAGGAUGGCUAACGUAUUAAAAUACUGGCACUACUGAUGCAUAUUGCUUGAUAUUCUGAGGUGUUCAACACAAUAAAGUGCAAUCAUAGAUCCGCUGUGUCAUCUGAUCUAUUUUUUAUUGUCUUUCGUUUGUUCUUUGUUAGCAUAUGUGCGAUCAUAUAUGGCUUUUAUAUUUUAGCUGAAGCAUCUAGCAAUUACCGCAUUGAUUGUAUAAUCACCGUCAUAGCUAUCCGUCUAUGUCAUCAGAGUAAAUCAAUGGGACUAUCUUACAUUUGGUGUUCCAUGAUGCCUAUUGCUUAUUUAUUUAUUUAUAUUAUAACAUAUAUAUUCCAAAUCCAUAUAUUGUAUGGAUAUAAUGGAUUUGGUGCUAUGUUUCCCAGUGAAAAAUUUAAUGAAACCCGCAUACCUUACGUACUAUAAAAAGAAUAAAUCAGUUACAUACAGAAAUGUUAAUGUAGAACAAGUAAAUCUUUUAUUUUCUUCUGCGUUUUUGUCCAAUGCAUCUUUAUGUUGGAAUAUAAUUGACAUAGGCGGGCGAAUGUGGCUAUAAUUCGCCAGGAAUAUUUUAGAAAAGACUAGUGAAAGUGAGUCGUAUAUUAAACUCUAUCUCAUUCAUCAUUCAGAGGUUAUGUUGAGAUAUCUGUGCCUCCAUUCCAAGUCUUUCUAUUCUGUAUUUUGUCAGUUUCAUUCUUGUCUUACGUACCAUAUUUACACACGUAUGGUUGUUCAAAAACGCCUUCAGGCUAGAUAGACAACUAUUAAAAGUAGAUUGUACAUAAUAAUGUAUCUUGCAGCAUCUUGGCUACCUUCUAUAGAUGUCGAUAAAAAUAUGACUUUGAAUAAUUUGAUACUCAAUUGAAACUCUCUCUCUCUCUAUAUAUAUAUAUACAGGGUGACUUUGAAGUUGAGACAUUAAUUUUCAGAUAAUGAUUGUAGAAGGAAGAUAAACCAAAAUAUGUGUGUAAAAAUAAAAAAAAAAUUACCUUGUUUUAUAAAGUAUCCUCCCGACAAGUAUUUCAGUGCGGACCUGUAUUUGAUCGCGAGGUCUUUAAGCACCGGCAUGCCGUCUUAAGUCACCUGAUUCACGAGCCCGUUGUACUACAUUAACAAAAGCGCGAGGGGUUGGUUGCACUCGAUUGGGAAACCGAUCCGCAUAAACAUGUGCCAUUUUUUAUUUCGUUUGAGCCACGCAACAGAUACCACUAUUCACUGACGCGUUACCGACUGACACUGACUGUAUACAACACAACUGAAUAAAAUAAUUGUAAAAACAUCGUUCCAAAUUCUUUCGCUUUUUUGUUUCCGAUGCGAUGAACCGAUGGCGGAUUAUAUCCGUUGUUGCCAAACACGAGCACAUAAUAUUAUCAUUGAGACAGGGCGGUACUCAAACUUCCAAAGGGCUAUAACUUUGUUACUUUAAUUUUACCAGAAAAAUGGUAAAUGAAAAAAACAUUUCUUUUGAUCAGAUCUACUCACUGUUAAAAUAAAUGACUCAACUUUGAAGUCACCCUGUAUAUAUAUUGUAUUGAUCAAGUUAGAAAGGUGGUAUUGGGGCAGAUAAAAUUGAUGCAUGAUUACUAUAUUUUAGUAUAAAAGUGACAGCUAAAAAUUUCCAGAUGGCUUUUGAGUCACUAUUUUGGAGCAUUUUUUAAAUAUAAUAGGAGGUCAUGUGAUAUCUCAUGUUGAAGCUCCUUAUGAGUUCUUUGUAACUCUUGGAUAUAAAUUACAUCUUUCAAAUUCGCGGACUGGCGAGCCGUCAAUGUUGAGCGUUUUUGUACAUUGAAUAGCUUAUUUUUCAGCAAAUAAGUAUGUUAUUUCAAUCUCCUUUUCUUGGAGAGAUCUAUCUGUGUAUGUAAUGAAAUACUUGGCGUAAUUGUUAGAAAUGUGAGCCUUCAAAGCCCUGCAUGGUACAGCCAAAAUUCGUGUUUGUGCUCACAAGCACUCACGAGUAUCCAUCACGGUAGAAUGACAGCCAAUUAUCUAGUAAUAUCUCAAAAUUCCCUAUACCGGCACAGGAACACAUAAUUCCGACAGAUCCGUCAACGCCAGGUAGACAGAGCCGUAUUUUGUUUUGGUUUUUUUGUUCGUUACAGAUUCAUUUUGUACUUGCUAACAGCUCUCUUAUUUAUAAAAGCCACAAAACGCCACAAACAAGUGUUACUAGAUUAUACUUGAUUCAUUAUUGCCAACGUUGCAGACUAACACAAAAAUGUCACUUGAUGAUCAGAUGUUCACCAAAGCGCGAUGGAUACUCGUGAAAUAGGGUAAUUAUAUCUAUGCUUGUAUCCUUUACAUACAUAAUAACUUAAAAUAUGAAAAUAGUAUUAAAUUAGUAUCUCUUGCGAUAUUUUACCUGAACUCCUCUUUUCUAUAUGGGUUUCCCAACAUAACCUCCGAUUUCAUAUACAUGAUAAGAUACAAGUCGAAAUUCUUAUAUCUUAGCUCAGCCAUAUUGCUUAUAGAUAUAUUUUGUAGGAAAUAACCCAGGACAAUAUUCGUCGAUUGAGAUUUUAGUUACGUGUUAUUUAUUUUUUGUUCGUUUGCCAGACUGAUUUAUACGUUUGUUCGAUGCAGUUUUUUUUUAAAUCUACGUACUGAACAUAACUUUAAGUAUACUUGUAUAUUUUGUAUAUUCUUAGUGGUAAGUAAACGUGUAGAUGCGAUAUUAAGAUAAAAGAACUUUUUUGUGUUAGAUCUCAUUGUCUUACGCGACAACUUACGUUUUAGUAUUUGUCUGUAGGUUAUCUUUUUAAUUAUGUCUCAACUUCUUGAUAGUAAAGUAAGCACCAAGAUCUUUGGUUGGUGAUUUACUCUCAGUUCGUUAUUUUGCAUAACAAAUGAUUUUACCACCUCAGUCGCUUCAGGUCGAAAAAAUAUCGUUCUUUCCUCAGCUGAUGAAACUAUUGUUUGUUAUUGAUCCACUCGCAUUGUCAGUUUCAUGUUAAAACCUUUUUAAAAGGCGUGACUGACAGCAUUCAAGGUUAAACCUCUUAUUAUGUCAAGAAUCAGACGAUCUUAAAAAAAUUGUAUGCAACUGUAUGAUAAUGUUCUGUAAAAGUAACAGUUUUGAUAUAUACAUUAUAGCUUCAAAAGUGUUGCAACAAAAUGCAAUCAGCUCAUUGGUACACAAACUGAUAUUUGAAAUUGUGGACCAUUCUAUUUCAAAGAUUGUCAGUUGCGUUUGAGAUAAUUUUUAAAUUAUCCUUGGCAGAAGUCCAGCUGUCCAUGUGUUGUUCAGCUCUUAUUACAAGAUGUCGAUAAUGUGAGGGAACUAUCGUGUGAUCUAUCAGAAGUAGAAUGCAAUAUACAUUUAUUUGCGCGAUUUUGUAAGACAGCCCGUCAUGAACAGGUGAAAAUAGGUUUUGGUCGUGAAAAAGGGGAGGAGUGGGACGCCGGUAGCCGGAGGCUCUCCAGAGAAUACGCCACUAUUUUCUAGGCGGAAAUCUUUACGAUUUUGGCGCAUUUUGGAGGGGGGAGUGCCUAGGAGAAGAAUAACAAUCUUUUCCAGCAGCCAGGCUGCAAUGAAGGAACAAAGUGCCUGUACGAUUACUUCGAGUCUUGAAUUGCAAUGCAGGGAGGCUUUGGAUUGUCUGGCUGCGAGGAAUUCGGUAUCGUUAAUGUGGGUACCGGGGCACGCUGGGAUAAAAGGCAAUGAGACGGCGGACGCUCUGGCGAAGACAGGAGCAGCCAGCAAGCUCAUUGGUCCUGAGGCAGCUUUAGGAGACAACACUCAAUAAUGGAGAAGUAUCUGCAGACAUCUCUGUCAGGCACGGGAACUCAUUGUAGGGCCCAGCGGUAAGGAUGGACGUUUCUGCUUAUCUUUAGAUAGAGCCAAGGUUGCUGUUGGAACUGUUGUCUGGUCAUAACACGUUAAGGCACCACCUGCACGUGAUGGGGCUGGCUGAGGAUCCCUUGUGUCAGCGCUGCGGGGUAGGGGAAGAGACCUCGGUGCCCGUUCUGUGUCGCUGUGAACCUCUGAGCUACUACAGGCAGACUAUACUGGGGUCCAUUACUUUGGACGCCCAGAACGUUAAGGAGCUUGGACUCAAGGCCAUACCCAACUUCACUAGGAAGGCAUGGCUUGAGAUCUAAGAAAUGUAGAGGUACAUAAGGGCCCGUUUAGCGGCCUAUUCGCUGACUCCUUAUGGUGGCCGGAAUGCCUCUAAUUUCAUGAUUAAUUCAUUCAGUAAGAUUAAAAAUAGUACAGUUGGGAGUAAAUAAAGUAGAUCAAGCGACAUAUCCUAGUUUAGCACUGGGGACAGACACUCCGCGUAUAUUUGUGAAGUUGAGCCAUACUUUUUUGUUUCUGUUCAUCUUAUCGUUUCAGCCAAAGAUUGUUAACUGUAUUAUUGUAUAGUAAUUUAUGUAAAUAUAUCAUAAUACCUGAAUAUGGAGGACUUGUCUCUCCAAGUGAAUAAAAUAUGCUGCAUAAAAUUCACCCAUUGGCGUGUUUUGCGUGCGUCAUAUAAGGUAAAUGCUUCCUGUUACAUAACAUACAGUAUAUUUAUAAGUACAAAUAUAAAAGUGAAGAUAAGUACUGUCGACAUAAAUAUAGCUGUCAUUCCGAAAAGAGCUACCUCCGAAGCUAGUGGUUGAGAAAUGUAAAAUGCAGAGACAAGGUUUGAAUAUUGCUUACUUUUCUCUUCCGUAUGUUUAUAAUGACUUGGUACUCAAUUUACAGCUGUACUUAUAAUAUGAAUCAAUCCCAGUGGACUGCGUAGCAUUCAUCAAUUUAUAUUGAACCAUGUAUAUUGAUACUAUUUUAAUGAUUGAAUCUUUGAGAUUAUGGAGAAAGGUUCAUUAUGAGGAUGUGAUGUACAGCAUCAUUUACCAAAUCGGAGAAGUAUUAUUCCCCCCUUACUAAAUAAACAUCAUAUUUGAACAUAUUUCCCACGUUUUCAGUGAUAGCAUCACAUGUACUUUCGUUUAUUAUCUAUAUCCCGAUAUAUGGUGAAUAUAAUGGAAGAUACAAACUGUGUUAAUUAUCAUAUUUUCUAUCUGUAAAUACAGCUGUGAAGCGAGUAUCCUCUAAAAUCUUGACAUUCAACCAGUAUUUUUAUUUUUGUUUUCCUUUCGAACCAUCAUUUGGAACAUUGGUUGAACGUUGACUGAUAUAAAAUAAUGUAAUCAAAUUGCAAAUGCAUUAAACGGUAUGCAAUAUUAAUGUUUAACUAUGACGUAAUCAAAAUUAUUUUGGUUUUUACAAUGAGGAAAAGGCAAUACUUAGUCACUGUUACCCCAGUAGCAGUAGGGUUUCACUUUCAGUAAAUUACACCAGGUUGGAAGUUUUAUUUUUUGUCCGAUGAUACGUUGAGUUUUAAUAUUUGGAAUUUGCUGCCAAACAUUGUGAAUAGCCUGAAUAUUAUAAUUUCAAAUACCUGAAGCAAGCGACGAUCAGAUAUAUUUAGAGUAUUUCUAAAAAAUGGUAAUAGAGCUUUAGCCUGUCUUGCUAGUAGAACGUUGACUUUAGCUUGGUGUAUUAUACCAAAGUGAGUAAUUUUCCCAUCACUGCUAAGUAGAUUUGCUGCCAGAGAAUUACUUUUCAUUAGGUCUUUUUAUCUGUGAUUGAAUAUUAUUUUUAGCCUAGUUUAGUUUUGUAUUGUGCCACAAUAUGUUUACUUUUCCAUCAGCAAAAGGAUGAAUAGUGUGUAGGAUGUGUAAAUAUUCGGCAAAACGUUCCAUUCCGGAAAAGUAAUUCUAUAUUUAAUUCAUUGUUGUAUUGUGUUUAGUGUACUUUUACUUAAGAGAAAUGUACAUAUUGCCAAAAAAAUCAAUUAGAUUAUUUGUUAAAUAAAAGCAAUUCAGUCUGUCUGUGUAUUAAUAAUUUGUGAUUAUUUUUAUGAUAAAAAUAUUUGUAAU